UGGAUUUCUUUUUGCUAGUCAUACUGUAUAUACGCCAGAUGGUGCGACGCAUGCCGUAUAAUGAUUUACCACGUUUUGAAAACUUUUUUGCUUGGCAACGUAGUCCGUAAAUCCCGCACAGGGAAAGCAUUUCUAAACUCAUUUACUCAGGCAACGUUCAAUCGACAGUCGCAGGUGGCAAUGUCUUACGGAAUUGUAGAACGAGGUUCACCUUUCUCUCAAGAUUACAGGGUGUACAUAACCGACAAUAAUGUACCAAUUUCGCCCUUACACGACAUUCCAUUAUUCUCAGAUCAAGAGAAAAAUUUAUACAAUAUGGUGGUAGAAGUUCCUCGAUGGACAAACGCGAAAAUGGAGAUUACAAUGAAGGAAGUCCUAAAUCCAAUUAAGCAAGACAUAAAAAAGGGUAAACCACGAUUUGUGUCCAAUUGUUUUCCUCACCACGGAUACAUAUGGAACUACGGGGCCUUACCGCAAACGUGGGAAAAUCCCGAUCAUCUGGAUGAUGGCACUGGUGCAAAAGGUGACAAUGAUCCUAUCGAUGUCAUCGAAAUCGGUUACAGAAUAGCCAAGCGAGGAGAGAUUCUCCAAGUUAAAAUUAUCGGAACAAUUGCUUUAAUCGAUGAAGGAGAGACUGACUGGAAGCUGAUCGCGAUUGAUAUUAAUGAUCCCUUAGCAAAUGAUAUUAACGAUGUGGGAGACCUAGACAAACACUUCCCAGGCUUACUAAAGGCGACCGUGGAAUGGUUUAAAAUUUAUAAGAUCCCUGAUGGAAAACCAGAAAAUCAAUUUGCAUUUAAUGGGGAGGCUAAACCUGCUGAUUUUGCUCUUGGAGUUGUUGAUCAGGUACAUAAAUUUUGGAAACAAUUAGUUGGUAAGGAAGUAGACGCUAAAGGUAUUUCAUGUAUAAACACAUCCCUGGAGGGUAACUCGUUCAUGAUUUCAAACGAUGAAGCAAUGGAGAUUAUUAAUAAAACACCACUACUACAGCCACCACAGCCAGUGGAUCCGAUAGUGGAUAAGAUUUAUUUUACUUCUACAAACUCUUAUCUUGCCGCACAUCUUUAGCUAAUUUUCUUUGCUUGCUUCAUUAGUGGACAAAUGGCAUUAUGUCCAUCUUAAAUAGUAUGAUGGACAGUGAAUCCCACCACGUGUGACUGGAACAUAAUUUAUUAAUGAGAAAUUACAUGCUGUUUUUUUUGUUGUGUGUGUACUUGCCAUUAGAAUAAAAAGCAUCAUGAGAAAAA